CCUCUGCUUCCCCGUUGCCCCCUCCCCAUACUUUCUGCUCCACCAGCAGCCCAACAAACUGUCUGUCUUUGGUGGUUUGUUACACCAUACAUCAUGUUGCAGAACUGGAAUUAUAAAACAGGUGAAAAAGUUUUGUCGUCUCAGGGAAGCAGUAGCCUAUCACGAGGUUCUUGGAGCAUCAACUCAAACCAAUAAUGAGCAGAUGAUACCAGUUAAACACUGUCUGGCAGACAAAGUCAGCUCAGUGGCAGCACCGCACAGACAACAUCAAAGAGCAGGGGACUUUUGUGUUCCCGAGUCAGCGGGAAACAUGCCCAGUAUCUCAGCUGCCAAAGCGGCUGCAGCUUCUACAUAGAUCUCUACAGAUCUUGUAACCAUGUCUGUUAAUGCAACAGAGAAUGAUCCUCCUAGAUUCUUCGUGGGUGGAGAAGAUGGAGAAGAAUUAUUGGAUUCAGCCAGAUCUACAGAGUAUGAACACUUCUAUGACCAUGGGGAAGAAGAGGAGGAAGAGUAUGACUCUCCACCAGAAAGACAGAUCGCAGUUGGGAUUUGUUCAAUGGCUAAGAAAUCUAAGUCCAAACCAAUGAAAGAAAUUCUUGAACGCCUCUCCAUGUUUAAGUACAUAACUGUGGUAAUAUUUGAAGAGGAUGUUAUUUUGAAUGAGCCAGUAGAAAACUGGCCUUUAUGUGACUGUCUCAUUUCUUUUCAUUCUAAAGGAUUUCCACUGGACAAAGCAGUUGCCUAUGCAAAACUCAGGAAUCCAUUCAUAAUCAAUGACUUGAAUAUGCAGUAUCACAUACAAGACAGGAGAGAAGUGUAUGGUAUUCUUAAAGCUGAAGGCAUUUUACUUCCUCGCUAUGCAGUUCUGAACCGUGAUCCAAACAACCCCCAAGAAUGCAACUUGAUUGAAGGAGAAGAUCAUGUGGAAGUGAAUGGAGAAAUUUUCCAAAAGCCUUUUGUAGAAAAGCCAGUUAGUGCUGAGGACCACAACGUUUACAUUUAUUAUCCAACAUCUGCUGGGGGUGGAAGCCAGAGGCUCUUUCGAAAGAUUGGCAGCAGAAGCAGUGUUUAUUCCCCUGAAAGCAGUGUGAGAAAAACAGGUUCCUAUAUUUAUGAGGAAUUCAUGCCUACAGAUGGCACCGAUGUGAAGGUGUACACAGUAGGUCCAGACUAUGCUCAUGCUGAAGCCCGGAAGUCUCCAGCUCUGGAUGGCAAGGUAGAAAGAGAUAGUGAAGGAAAAGAAGUGAGGUAUCCAGUCAUCCUGAAUGCAAGAGAGAAGUUAAUUGCUUGGAAAGUAUGCCUUGCCUUUAAACAAACAGUUUGUGGCUUUGAUUUGCUGCGUGCUAAUGGACAGUCCUAUGUCUGUGAUGUAAAUGGCUUCAGUUUUGUGAAAAACUCCAUGAAAUACUAUGAUGACUGUGCUAAGAUACUGGGAAAUAUCAUAAUGAGAGAACUUGCUCCCCAGUUUCAGAUACCAUGGUCGAUUCCUUUGGAAGCUGAAGACAUCCCUAUUGUGCCAACAACCUCUGGAACAAUGAUGGAGCUCAGAUGUGUUAUAGCUGUAAUACGCCAUGGGGACCGAACACCAAAACAAAAGAUGAAAAUGGAAGUAAAACACCAGAAGUUCUUUGAUCUCUUUGAAAAAUGUGAUGGGUAUAAAUCUGGAAAACUAAAACUGAAAAAACCAAAGCAGUUGCAGGAAGUGCUUGAUAUAGCAAGGCAGCUCCUUGUAGAACUUGGGCAAAACAAUGAUUCUGAAAUUGAAGAAAGUAAAGCAAAACUUGAACAGCUAAAGACUGUGUUAGAAAUGUAUGGGCAUUUUUCAGGCAUAAAUCGCAAAGUUCAGUUAACAUAUCUUCCUCAUGGUUGCCCAAAGACUUCCAGUGAAGAGGAAGAUAAUAGAAGAAAUGAGCCAUCCCUGCUUCUGGUUUUAAAAUGGGGAGGAGAAUUGACCCCUGCAGGCAGGGUGCAAGCAGAGGAGCUUGGAAGGGCUUUCAGGUGUAUGUAUCCAGGUGGACAAGGAGAUUAUGCUGGAUUUCCUGGAUGUGGUUUGCUUAGAUUACAUAGCACUUACCGACAUGAUCUCAAAAUCUACGCUUCUGAUGAGGGACGGGUUCAGAUGACUGCAGCAGCUUUUGCAAAGGGACUACUGGCCUUAGAGGGAGAGCUGACUCCUAUUCUUGUCCAGAUGGUAAAAAGUGCAAAUAUGAAUGGUCUGUUGGACAGUGACAGUGAUUCUUUAAGCAGCUGUCAGCAUCGUGUUAAAGCAAGACUCCAUGAAAUUCUCCAGAGAGACAGAGAAUUCACUGCUGAUGACUACGAUAAGCUUACUCCAUCUGGAAGCAUCUCAUUGAUAAAAUCAAUGCAGGUUAUUAAAAAUCCUGUAAAGACAUGUGACAAGGUCUAUUCCUUGAUCCAGAGCUUGACUUCUCAGAUCAGGCAAAGAAUGGAAGAUCCAAAGUCUGCAGAUAUUCAGCUGUACCACAGUGAAACGCUAGAACUGAUGCUGCGCAGGUGGGCCAAGCUGGAAAAAGACUUUAAAACAAAAAAUGGAAGAUAUGAUAUUAGCAAAAUUCCUGAUAUAUAUGACUGUAUAAAAUACGACGUGCAACACAAUGGCUCCUUAAAAUUAGAAAACACAAUGGAAUUAUACAGGCUUUCAAAGGCUUUAGCUGACAUUGUGAUCCCUCAGGAAUAUGGUAUUUCUAAGGCUGAGAAACUAGAGAUUGCCAAAGGUUACUGCACUCCUCUAGUUAGGAAAAUACGGUCUGACCUUCAGAGAACUCAAGAUGAUGAUACUGUAAAUAAGCUUCACCCUCUUUAUUCCAGGGGUGUUAUGUCCCCUGAACGCCAUGUUCGUACACGGCUCUAUUUCACCAGCGAGAGUCAUGUCCACUCCCUGUUAUCCACCCUUCGUUACGGUGCCUUAUGUGAUGAAUCAAAAGAUGAACAGUGGAAACGAGCUAUGGAUUAUUUAAAUGUUGUCAACGAACUCAAUUACAUGACACAGAUUGUUAUCAUGCUUUAUGAGGAUCCAAACAAGGAACUUUCUUCGGAAGAACGUUUUCAUGUCGAGCUGCAUUUUAGUCCGGGAGCCAAAGGCUGUGAGGAAGAUAAAAAUUUACCAGCUGGAUACGGAUACAGACCUGCCUCCAGAGAGAAUGAAGGCUUGAAGAAAACCUCUCAUAGAAAUGACAGUGACGAGGAGGCACAUGCUCCUAAAAGAGACGAAACAGAUCGGUCAGUAGUGAUGUUCAAGCCAAUGGUGUCAGACCCAAUUCACAUACACAGAAAGUCACCUCUUCCAAGAUCCAGGAAGAUUGGUUCUGUUGAAGAAGAGAGCCCCCUGAGUGUGUCUAGCCCAGAGUGUAUUGGUACCUGGCUGCAUUACACCAGUGGUGUGGGUACUGGGCGUCGAAGACGCAGAUCAGGGGAACAAAUCACUUCUUCCCCUGUCUCCCCUAAAUCAUUGGCUUUCACAUCCAGUAUUUUUGGCUCAUGGCAACAGGUCCUAUCAGAAAGCAAUAGUAGCUUACGAACACCGAGAACUAUUCUGGAACAGAAGCAGAGUGGUUUAGGGUCUCACUGUGCGGGCCUGUUUAGCACCUCAGUGCUCGGGGGUUCUUCAAGUGCACCUAACCUACAGGAUUAUGCUCGUACUCAUCGUAAAAAGCUGACUUCUUCUGGCUUCAUAGAUGACACCACACGCGGUUCUGCUGUUAAAAGGUUUUCUAUCUCAUUUGCUCGACACCCAACCAAUGGUUUUGAACUAUAUUCCAUGGUGCCUUCUAUUUGCCCUUUGGAAACUCUACACAACUCCUUGUCUCUGAAGCAGGUGGAUGAAUUUCUUGCCUCUGUUGCUGCUCCAUCAAGGGAAACUCUACAGGAGACAUCUUCUCCAUCUUACAUGAUUCCACUGUCAGGAAGAAAAAUUUCUUUAAAUACAUACACCCCUGCAAAAAUUCAACCAACACCACUUGAAACUUUGCCUGAAAGGCUAGCAAUAGAGAAACCAACCUUAGUUACCCCUGGACCUUCUGUUUGUGAAUCUGAUGUUAAGCUAUCUCUUGAAGAGGCCUCGCUAGAUACAGAAGUUAGUGCUGAAACUCUUUCUAAGAAGAAAUGAAGUUGGACAGACAAAACUGGAAGCAACUUCUCAAAUAAUUCUUUAGUGUGCAUUCAACUAAAUUACUGAGCUUUCAAAAGCCAUUCAUAUCUGCCGUUCAUAGUGCACUUCGGAAUCUUCAGUUUAUACAUGGUUAACUAGCGUGCACGCUAUAUAUUUAGGUCAAAUGUCUUGUCUCACUUUCUAAAACAUUUCAGGAAAUGUAUUUAUUUAUCAGUUUGAUGAACUGCACACCUUUAAUGGAAAAGCUGCACAUGAACCUUUUCAGUGUCUUCAAAUAUUUACUGUAAACUUGUACAAAAAGAAAAUACCAAUGCAGUGGUAUGUGUUACGGUGGCUCUGUUGAUGCCACUGUAAUGAAGGCAUUGUCUGUUGUCAUUAUAAACUUCUAUUUUGAGGAGUUUAUAAUCUCCCUGUGAGUUUCUUUUGUGGGCUGAAAUGUAACACACAUCUUGGCUACAAGCUUUUUUUUUUUAAUUUAACUACAUUUCCAAAGAGAUCUCUUUUGCCUGGUUUUGAAGAUAAGCAGAUGUUUUCUGCAUUUGAAUUAUUUUAUAUCAUAUAUGCUGCAAUAAUUGGGCAUGAUGGAGUGAGUUAAUGUAUUGUCACUUUUGACUCUUCUUAUUUUUAUUCUGUGUUUACAUCAGACCUGUAACAUUCAAAUACACCUUCUCUUUUGUUAUUUAGUAUACAUGCUUGUAUACGGGUACCUGUAUAUCAUCCAGCAGGUAAAACUGUCUUUUAUACAUUUUUAUCAAAACUUCUUUUGUUUACUAAAAAGACAGUUUUAUUUGCUUUACAAUAUGUUUCUACAAAAAGGAGAUAUUAAAAAGCAGGUUUUGUAAAAAGAGAAAUGGUUACAGCUGGUCUGCUAGUGAAUUUAUCUUAGAAAUUGUAAAUAUUCCAUCUAUGCUUUAUUACCAUCCCUUCAGAGCAGAGAGAGACCAGAACUCCGUACUUACUGUUGCAAAAUACUCAGGAUUCAUCAUGGCCUGGGAAUUUUCAUACCUCUGUCCUUCCAAUCUAGGUGGUUGACAACAGCUCUCAUUUAAAAAAAAAAAAAAAAAGGGGAUUUUGUAAGAGCUGUGAGAAGAUUAGUAAGUCAGUGUAACUUUGAGUUCUUGAGUUAUGUAGAGCAAUCAUCCAGUCUCAGCAGUUCUUGUGAUUUUAUCUGUGGCAUGAAAAAAUUAUUGAAUGAGUAUAAUUAUCCCAAAUGUAUGAAAAUAUUGUCCACUUUUGUAAGUUCAAGUGGCUGAUUAUUAAUAACGGACUUCAUAAACUACAAGUUAGGUAAUUCCUUUCACAUUUAAGUUGCAGAAGACGUAGCUUCCAAGUAAUAUUUUAAGUAGGGCUCUUACUCGUCCCAGAGCCAGUGCAAAUAUAAUUACAUUCACUUUGCCACAGGGUCUGUUUUCAGUGUUUACUACACAUGAAAUGGCUUCAGCAGACUAAUUCUAAAAAUGCUGGUUAAAUACCAAAAAUACGAAGGGUUUCACAGCUAUAUACUUAAAACAUUUCAUUUUCUGUAGUGUAAUUGUGUUAUUGACAGUGUUGGUCUUGCACACAACUGAAUGUACACUUGUUUACCAUUUUUAAACAAAAAAAAAUACUGUUUAAAAUUUAAGUAUGCGUAUCAUUCCAGUCAACCAAAGCUGUGGCAUAACUUUUUUUUAUGUGCUCCUAAAUAAAAACAAGGUCACUGUCAACUUCUCUCCAUUUUGUUUUCUUUCAAGAGUGUAUGUGAAGUACAGUGAGUAGUUGACUCAGUAGUCUCGAUGGAAAAUUAUUUACAAAUAAGGCAUUAAUAUACAAAUAAGCCAAAAUGUCUCUUGGUGGUGAAGGACGUGACUUACAAGAAAUGGGCGUUUAUCAUUUCAUAUUGAAGUCACUCCUCAAAAAGGUAAACAGUAGUCACACAUUCUGCAGUGCUUCCUUGUGUUCCAGAAUGGUAACGUUAAAUACAGAACUGCUGUAUUUAAUGUGUUCUUCUAUUUCCUUUAAUGUGUUCUUCUAUUUCCUGUUACUACUCUGGCAAAAAGGUACCGUACUAAGCUGAUUGGAACCUAUUUUUCGUCCAAUUUCUCUACGGAAUGGGACUCUCUCUUGCAUUAAAUGUUUUGAACUGUACAUCCUUUUCCAGCCAGAUUGACAGAGGUCAAAGAAGACGGUCACAGAAAGUCAGUAGUUGAAUGUAACUCCCAAAAUACUACCAUGCUGAAACUCAGUUUAAAUAAACAUUUAGCAUUUCCUUCAAAAAUGAAGCAUCAUUACCAGACUAAAACACAAAAAUGUUUGUAAAAACUCAAAAAAAUACUUUAAAAUCUUG